AUGGGGGCUAAAGGACCUUGGAUCCAGUUACAGAAAUUCCUAAGCUCCUGCCUGGUUAGAGAGCAAGACAGGGACCAGCAGCUGGAUGAGGCCUACAUGCUGCAACAGAAGAGGAUAUCAGAGUCUCCACUGCUUCAGGCAGCCAAGGAAAAUGACCUCUGUACACUUAAAAGACUUCUGCUAGGCCAAAGCUGUGACUUUCGACAAAGAGGAGCCCUGGGGGAGACAGCUCUACAUGUAGCCACCCUCUAUGACAACCUGGAGGCCGCCAUGCUGCUGAUGGAGGCUGCUCCUGACCUGGUCAUGGAGCCCACUCUGUGCGAGCCUUAUGUAGGUCAGACUGCCCUGCACAUUGCUGUCAUGAACCAGAACGUGAACCUGGUGCGCAUGCUGCUCUCCCACGGUGCCAGUGUCUGUGCCAGGGCUACAGGCCUUGGCUUUGAACACAGUCCCCACAACCUGGUCUACUAUGGGGAGCACCCUCUGUCCUUUGCAGCCUGCGUGGGCAGCGAGGAGAUCGUGCGGCUGCUCAUAGAGCACGGAGCUGACAUCCGGGCCCAGGACUCACUGGGAAACACUGUGCUGCACAUCCUCAUCCUGCAGCCCAACAAAACCUUCGCCUGCCAGAUGUACAACUUGGUGUUGUCCUAUGAUGGAGGGGACCACCUGCAAUGCCUGGAGCUCGUGCCCAACCACCAGGGCCUGACCCCCUUCAAGCUGGCUGGAGUGGAGGGCAACACUGUGAUGUUCCAACACCUGAUGCAGAAGCGGAAGCACAUCCAGUGGUCAUGCGGGCCACUGACAUCUACUCUCUACGACCUCACGGAGAUCGACUCUUGGGGAGAGGAGCUGUCCUUUCUAGAGCUUGUGGUCUCCUCUAAGAAGCGGGAGGCUCGCCAGAUCUUAGAACAGACCCCAGUGAAGGAGCUGGUGACUUUGAAGUGGAGGAAAUACGGACGGCCCUACUUCUGCAUCCUGGGUGCCUUGUACAUUCUCUACAUGAUCUGCUUCACCACGUGCUGUGUCUACCGCCCCCUCAAGUUCCGUGAUGAGAACCGCACACACUCUCGAGAUAGCACUGUCCUCCAACAGAAACUGCUACAGGAGGCGUAUGUGACUUAUGAGGAUUACAUCCGGCUGGCAGGGGAGCUGGUGUCUGUCAUUGGAGCUGUGAUUAUCCUCCUUGUAGAGAUCCCAGACAUUUUCAGAGUUGGUGCAUCUCGCUAUUUUGGACAGACUGUCCUCGGGGGCCCAUUCCAUGUCAUCAUCAUCAGCUAUGCCUCCCUUGUGCUUGUGACCAUGGUGAUGCGGCUCACCAAUGUGAAUGGGGAAGUGUUGCCCUUGUCCUUGGCCCUGGUGCUGGGUUGGUGCAGUGUCAUGUACUUUGCUCGAGGACUCCAGAUGCUGGGCCCCUUCACCAUCAUGAUCCAGAAGAUGAUUUUUGGGGACCUAAUGCGUUUCUGUUGGCUGAUGGGCAUGGUCAUCCUGGGAUUUGCCUCAGCAUUCUUUAUCAUCUUCCAGACAGAAGACCCAUCCACUCUUGGGGAGUUCUCUGACUACCGUACAUCACUGUUCAGCACCUUUGAGCUGUUCCUCACCAUCAUCGAUGGCCCGGCCAACUACAGUGUAGAUCUGCCCUUCAUAUACAGCAUCACCUAUGCUGCCUUUGCCAUCAUCGCCACGCUGCUCAUGCUCAAUUUGUUCAUUGCCAUGAUGGGUGACACCCACUGGCGAGUGGCUCAGGAACGGGAUGAGCUCUGGAGGGCCCAGGUUGUGGCCACCACAGUGCUGCUGGAGAGGAAGAUGCCCCGCUUCCUGUGGCCCCGCUUGGGAAUCUGUGGGUGUGAUUAUGGCCUGGGGAACCGAUGGUUCUUGCGGGUUGAAAACCACCAGGAUCAGAAUCCUUUGCGAGUGCUUCGCUAUGUGGAAGCUUUCAAAAGCUCAGACAAGGAGGAUGGACAAAAGCAGCUUUCUGAGAAACAACCCUCUGGAAAUGAGAGUGGAACUCUGGCCAGAGCCUCCCUGGCCCUCCAGACACCCUCUCUGUCCAGGAACACAUCCCAAAGCAGCAGCAGUCACCGGGGCUGGGAGAUCCUUCGUCGAAACACACUGGGACACUUGAAUCUUGGCUUGGACAUUGGUGAGGAGGAUGGAGAGGAGGUGUACCACUUCUGAUGAGGAUCCUGCUAUUCACAGUCUGGCUCCAGGUGGCCUGGGGUGGGACAGAGAGGAUUUCUACUUAGGCAAUUACCUAACUUUCAUGCCUGGUAAUCAUGCCAUGGCAUAGACAGAGUAAUUCCUAAAAGAUCUUAGCCCACCCUUCCCAUCAGCAUUUCUGGAGAUGGGAAAUGGUUAUGUAUCACAGAAUAUGUCUUACAAGUUCUUGGAAAUAUAGCUUAAGAAAAGCAAGUAUCUUUUUGAACAAACUUGAACUUGGCAACUAAACACAUGAGGGAGGGAGGCUAGAUUAAUGUCUAAACAUCUCUCUUCUGCCCCAGGCAAGCACCAGAAGGUAGGAAGCUGUGGAACCUGCUUGGUUCUUGAGGAGUGAAUAUGGGAAUGGUUAAGCAUGGUAUAGAGGUGGUGGCCUUCCUUUCCUAACCCCUUCUUAGGACUCUGGCCCUAUCUAGUAACCCAACACCAACUAGAAAAUUGCAAGAAGAAAGUUUCCUCAUCCUUGAUUUCUUUAAAUUUUCUCUUUUGUUGUGAAAUACAUGAAUAUACAACCUACCACGUUAAUCUUUUAUAGAUGUACAAUUCUCUGGCAUGAAAUACAUUCACAUUGUUGCACAACUUUACCAUUCAUGUACAGAAGUUUUUCAUCAUCACAACCUGAAAGUCAUACUUGUGAAGCAAUAGUUCCCCACUCUCCCUGUUCCUCCCCCCAGUUUUUGUCUAUGAAUCGGACUUCUUUAUGUACCCCAUGUAAGUAGAAUCAGGCGUAUCAGUCCUAUUGUGUCUAAUUUAUUUUGUUUGAUAUUAUCAAGGGUUAGACCUUCUGUAGCAAGUAUCAGAAUCUCAUUCCUUUUAACACCAAAUGAUGUUUCCUUCUGUUUAUACACACACACACACACACACACGCACACACACACACUAUGUCUUGUUUAUUCAUUCAUUUAUCAAUGGAUACUAGAGUUUUUUACUUUUACCUUUUGGUAUUGUGAAUAAUAUUGCUAUAAAAAUGGAACUUAAAAUAUCUGUUCAAGUUCCUGCUUUAAAUUUGUUUGGGAGUAUACCUAGAUAUGGAAUCACUGGAUCACAGGACAAUUCCAUAUUUGAGAAAUUGCCAUACUGUUUUCCACAUUUCACUAUUUUGUAUUCCCUUCUAAUCUCAUUAUAGUUUUGAUUUGCUUAUCCCUAAAGACUGAGGAUAUUGAACAUAGUUUUUUACACUUAUU